ACUGGUGGUACAAUCUUGCAACGAGUUUCUCAAUUUCUGUAUGCCUCAGUUUCUUUGUUUGUAAAUUGGAUUAUUAAUAUUACAUACCUAAUAGAAGGGUUAUUGGAUUAAAUGAGGUAAUGUAUUUAUUAUAUGUAGUUUUCAUGCCAUUGUGCAAUUUUCAUACUUAGUGCUAUGCCUGGCACAUGGUAAGUACACAGCAAAUAUUAGCUAUUAUUGUUAUCAUUAUUAUACCAUAUUGCUUCCUGACAAGUCCUUUCAUCUUAACUGAAGGUUUGUAUCCAAUGUUUGGGCUAGCAGUAAUCAUAGGUGUAUCCUUCCUCAUUUGUGUGCUUUCUCUCCAAAUUCCUUUACGUGUUUUUCAUAUUACUUUUUUCCGGAAAAAGAUUUUUCAUGUUAAAAAUCCUUAUGUGUAUUCUAUGGAUGAAGACAUUCUCUAUCAUACGGAUUUAGGAACAAAAACACAAUCUACUAGCAAAGUUUGGGGAUCAGUUAAAGGAGUUUGUUGGAGCCCCAAGAGCAUGGAAGCGUUUGCCCUGUUUCUGCACAAGGCAGCAGAGGAAAGUGUAGAGGAUAUAAAGUGCUGAGACAGGGAUUGUAGGUACAAAACUGGUCCUGUGCUCUCCAUCAGUCAUGGCAUGGGCCUCCCCUCCGUUUCUAUUAUGCUUCAUGAACUCAUCAAAUUACUGCACCUUGACAGGAGCUACAACGUUACUAUGAUCGGGAGAAUAGAUGAGAGGGAUGGACUCAGGAUUGCACAGGCAUCUGUGGUAAUAAUGGAUACAAUCAUAGACUCUUUCUUUAAGCCCCGUUUGAACAGGUAACUUGGUAACUUCGUCCUCCGAAGUACUGAACUUGACAAGCAACUGUAGGAGGAACUAUUCAACUGUAGCAAAGAAAUUCCCGACUUCCCAACCCUCAUUGGACAUACACCGUGUACUUAUGAUUUUUAUAAAGGCCAGGGUCGACUAGAUGGAGCACUGGGCUCCUUUUCCAGAAAAAAGUUAGAUUAAUUGAAGAGAGCAUACAAAGCCAGUGUCAGGAAUAUUAAAAUGGAAUCUACAGUGUUUGUGGGUAUGUGUAGACUUUGUGGUCUAAAAUCUGCUGUAGUUGUUGUGACACUUCUCAACAGACUUGAAUGUGACCAGAUCAAUGUGGUCCCUGAUGUUCUGGUGGAGUACCAGCAACAGCCUCAGUUCCUAAUCUCCUAUUUCAUCAGACAAUGGCUUGGACUUCAUGACCAGACAUCACAACUGGGCAGCCCAAUCUUUCCCGGCAAGUUUGUAGUUGAAUAGUCGCAUAUUAUUUGCGGCAUUUUCAUAUAUGGUCAUGUGCCGCAGGAUGACGUUUAGGUCAACAACAGACGGUUUAUACAACAGUGAUCCCGCAAGAUUAGUAUCACACAGCCAGGGUGUGCAGUAAGCCAUACCAUCUGGGUUUGUGUGAGUACACUCUAUGAUGUUUGCACAAUGACGAAAUUGUCUAACAAUGUGUUUCUCAGAAUGUGUCUCUGUUGUUAAGUGACACAUGACUAGUUUUCAUCCACAGGCUAAAAUCAUAAUCAUAAUAGAGUGAUUUUAUAAAACCCUUUUCUCUUAAAAAAUGAAGUUAUUAUAAAAGAAUUUAGUACUCCCAUUAAAUUAAAUUGUAAUUUCAUUUUAGAAUAAGUUAACUAAGUCAGUCUAAUAGUUAAAAUUUUAAAACUCUUGGAUUGUGACAUUUGGAGUUUCAUAGGCAGCAUUAAUUAAGCUCACAUCAGAACAGAUCAGCCACUUGUAGAUAGUUACCAGUCACUCUGUUUCUGAAACCAAUCCAGAAAUUCAUGUUAGAAUGUUGUCAGGCACUUCCAGGUGUUAGACAAGUGACAGAAAUUGAUCACACGCAUUCAAAAAUAUUUACAGAAAAAAGUGUGAGUGUAAUGUAGGUCUGUAUGAGAAAGCUACCCUUCGGGAAAUAUGACCAGACUUCUUUGUGGCCCCCGCAGGAUGUCAGCGCACCACAGCGUGGGAUCAGAGGCUUCUGUUUGCCUAUGUUUGUGAUUUUAUCAUGGAAUAUGACAACUCUAGAUCACACAUUUAUUUUCAAAUGAAAACUCUUGGGAAUGCAAAGAAAGAUCCUCAUUUUUCUUCAGAAAUCACAAAUGAUUAAAUUGCCUCCUAGCAAUUUUUUUUUCUUUUAAGGAAAUGCAUUUUAAGGAGGCUGUAUUUUUCAUUUCAUUUCAAAAUUAACUUACUAGGCUAAGGAAUCAGUAACAACUGAAUUUAGACUUGAGUUUAAGAUGUUCAAGCCAUCCUUUUGUGUGACUCUGGAGCAGGUCUUGCCCACACCUUGUCUACACCUGUAUUCAGUUCGACCCUCUGGGAGGCGCGGUGUCACUUAGAGGCCAUACCACGCUCUCUGUGAGUUGAUGCUGCCUGGGGAGUUCUUCAAAAGCUGACACACUUAGGAGUUGGGAAGCAUGGAUAUGGGCUGGGUGGAGGAUGGCUUACAAUCCUGUGUGUACGCAAGUAAUGCUGUGUACAUAUAUUUAUAAGGUUGUGGCUCAAAUAAAGUUUAACUCCAAUCAUGACAGAGAUGUGUAUCCUUUUAAUCAAUGACAGUAAACAAUCUCCCGAGAGUUUGGGAACUUCUUUUGGCAAUAGAUAUACUUGGAGUGCAAUUUUUAAGGUAUCUCAAUAACUGACCAUCAAAUAUAAAGAGCAGAGCUAAAAGAAAAGUAGAAUAGCAUUGCAGUCAUUAGUAGGAUUUUCGCUGUUUCAUAUUUUUUUAUGAAAGUACUUCAGAGUAGUCUCCAUAAGCCUUCAGUUUGAACUUUUAUCCGUCUGCUCUUGGAAAACCUUCCUUAUUUUCCUUUUUAUUGAGAGAAGAGGAGGUCAUGAAAGAGAGGUAAGAAUGAACUAAUUACAGUUAAUUGUCCUCUCAACUCCUGACUACGAGUGUGUGUGUGUGUGAGUGUGAGCGUGUGCGUGCCCACAUAUGUUUGUGUAUGUGUUUCUCCACUGGUAUUUCCUAGCUCAGUGAAUGGUACCACCUGCACCAGCCAGAAACCUAGGAAACCUCUCUGAUGAUUCUGUCUCCUCCAUUCCCACAUCCAAUCAAUUGCCAAGCCUUAUUAAUCGAUUCUCCUAAAUAUUUCUCUAGUUUGUCCACUGAUGGGAAGCCUUCCUGGUCCUCAAACCAGAUCCCUCCCAGCCUUAUCCAUGGCUUCCUACAGUGUCCCC